CUACGGCCAUGGAGUCUGGCGCCGACGAAGUAGUGUUCGACUGCGAUGACUACCGCAUAUACCGGAGCGGCAAGAUGGACCGCCUCUGUCGCCCGGCGCCUGCGCCCACCGGCCUAGACCCGGCUACCGGCGUCACGUCCAAAGACGUGGUCCUUGACUCUGCCACCGGCGUGUCCGUCCGCCUCUUCCUCCCCACCAGCCCAGAUCCCUUCAAGAAGCUCCCGAUCCUCGUCUUCUUCCACGGUGGCGGCUUCCUCGUCGAGUCGGCCGUCUCCCCGCAGUACCACAACUACGUCGCGUCCCUCGCUGCCGCGUCCGGCGUCGUCGCCGUCUCCGUCGAGUACCGCCUAGCGCCCGAGCAUCCGGUGCCCGCCGCCUACGACGACGCCUGGGCAGCGCUUUCGUGGGCCGCCUCGGCCCAGGACGAGUGGCUCGCCGAGCACGGCGACAGCGCGCGCCUCUUCCUCGCCGGCGACAGCGCCGGCGGCAACAUGGUGCACAACGUCCUCAUGAGAGCGUCGUUCCAGCCGGCGCCGAGAAUAGAAGGCGCGAUUCUUCUGCAUCCUUGGUUCGGAGGAAACACGUUCCUCGAAGGUGAGGCCGAGGCGACGGCCAAGGACAUGGCCAUGAUCUGGGAGUUCGCGUGCCCCGGCGCGGUGGGCGGCGCGGACGACCCGAGGAUGAACCCGAUGGCGCCGGGGGCCCCGGGGAUGGAGAAUCUCCGGUGCGGGCGGAUGCUCGUGUGCGCCGGCGAGAAGGACUGGCUGGCGUCCAGGGACCGAGCGUACUACGCGGCGGUGACCACGAGCGCGUGGCGCGGGAGCGUAUCUCGUGGGGGCGUGGCGUGGAUCGAGUCGGAAGGCGAGGGGCACGUCUUCUUCCUGAAGAAGCCGGACUGUGCCAAGGCCAAGGAGCUCAUGGCUCGCGUCGUGGCGUUCAUCAUACCGGCGCCUGAGCCCUGAUCGGUGCGCGCAACGUAGAUCUGAUGUUACAAUCCGAUGGACUGGUGCAUGUAACGCGCUUGAUGAAGGACACAACAAUGGCCAUUUCCUUCGCCGCCUUCUCCGCCACGACGGAGUUGGAUCUCGCGGCUCUGGAGAAAUAAUACAUGUGCUCCUCGCCAUCCGUCUCGUACAGCACGGCCUCCUCGCCGCCCCACGCGCUGCGGCGGAGCGCCUCGACGUACAUGCGCGCCCUGUCCCUGGAGGGGUCGAGUUCGGCCGCCGUCACCAGCGCCCGUCGGCAGCCGAGCACCG